GUGACGGAGGCGGAAGUGUCUUCGUGCAUCAGCGGAGCGGAGGCCCAGCGGACGGUGGCCCGGGCAGCAGCGUCAGGAUGCAGAUCCUGGUGAAGAAGCUUCUCGGCCUGCUGGGAUUAUUCGGUCUCAUGCUGGCCGGCAUUCUGGUCCCAGUGCGCCUCCUGCUGGUCGACCAGGACAAGGCGCAGAGGUACAGGAGAGCUCUGUCUCUCUGUAACUCGUUCGGAGGAGGCGUGUUCCUCGCCACGUGCUUCAACGCUCUGCUGCCGGCCGUCAGAGACAAGGUGGGGGACGUGUUCCGCCAGCUGCAGAUCAGCAGUAAUUAUCCUGUGGCGGAGACGAUGAUGAUGAUCGGUUUCUUCCUCACUGUGUUUGUGGAACAGGCCGUCCUCACCUUCAAGAAGGACAAACCGUCCUUCAUCGACCUGAAAACCUUCAACGCCGGAGGCUCUGAGGCCGGCAGCGACUCCGAGUACGAGACGCCCUUCAUCAGCUCGGAGGGGGGGGUCACCGGAGGGGGGCCGGGGCGCGCUCACCGCUCACAUGGACACCGGCACGGACACUUCAACCCGGUGGAGCUUGCGGGGGCGAGGCCUCUGCGGCUCGUGAGCCUGGUCCUGGCUCUGUCGGCUCACUCGGUGUUUGAGGGCCUGGCGCUCGGCCUGCAGGACGACGGAGCCAAGCUGGACAGCCUCUUCCUGGGCGUGGCCGUGCACGAGACGCUGGCCGCUGUGGCCCUCGGUGUCAGCAUGGCCAAGGCGUCGCAGGGCAUGAAAGAUGCUGCCAAGCUGGGAGUCACAGUCAGCCUGAUGAUCCCACUGGGCAUGCUGGUAGGAAUGGGCAUCCAGUCGGCUCAGACGCUGGCGGGUAGCGUGGUGUCUGUGGUGCUGCAGGGCUUCGCAGCCGGUACCUUCCUGUUCGUCACCUUCUUCGAGAUCCUGUCCCGAGAGCUGGAGGACAAACAGGACCGGCUCCUCAAGGUGCUCUUCCUAAUCCUCGGAUACACUGCGCUCGCCGCUCUCGUCUUUAUCACGUGGUGACGGACAGGAAGUCACCGACUCAGACCACCAUACCAAAGUAAACACUGUAGCUGCGUUCAGACUCUGGACUCCACAGUUCCCAGUUCCUUAUUGGCCUCCUGGUGUUAUGUUUGUAUAAAUUCAAGAGAAUCCGAUGUGAGAACAACAAGAGAGUUUGUGGUGAUCAGAGCUGACGACGUGUCAGGUGAUGUAAACAUGAUCACAUGACCUCUGCAGCUGAGGUAACAGGUCACUUCCUGUGUGUGUCUGCUGCACCCGGGGCUGAACCAUGAGGAGGAUCUGAUUCUGAACGAGUCUGAGCUGAAAACCUGAAGCUCUGUUGUUCAGCUGUGAAACUCUGGAGAAGCUCUGGAGACGAUUCUCUGGAUUCCAUCUGCAGCUCAUGUGUGAAAAUGGCUUUAGAGGAACUGAUAUUAUUUUGAAAUCCACAAUCAUUUGGUCACAUGUUCACAUCCAUCGUGAGAAUCUGCUUUUAAAUCUUUCCGUUUACAUUUCCAUUCCAGUUGUUUUCUUUUUUCCUGGUUUUGCUGGUGAGUUAUUCUGUAAGUCACUUCAUUCAGAGGUUUUAAAUAUUAUAAAUAUUAUAAAUGUAAUGGAGCCGGUCCUAGAAGAAUUAAUUUAUUAAAACCUGCUGAUAACAAACUUUAACACUGGGACCUGUCGGGAUUCAUCCAUGUAACUUAUUAUUGGUGUAUUUAUUCAUGUUGUGAUCUCGUUUGUAUUUCUGACUCAACUUCUUUGAUAUUACUGGAGAAUUAAAGUGUCAUAGUUACAAAA